AUGGAUUACUUAUAUAAGAACGUUGAGGCUCUUGAUGAACAAUUUCUACAAUCAAAAGAAUGCAAGACCAUGUUGCUCAAUCCCAGAAGUGCUCACGACAUUCAUUGUAAGAACUUGGUUCUGAAGAUUGAUGAUACAGAGCCUACUAAAAUCUACAUGUGCUCAAAACUGUUCUGCCCUAUUAAAACUCCCAAUAAGAAAGCUUACUGUUUGUCUAGUAUGGUUGAGAAUUCUGAAUGUAGUUGUGGACAAGCAAUGGAUAAGGAAGUAUUUCUAGAAUACCAAGAGGGGAUCAUAGAUGGAAAUGGGGUAUUCAUGAAAGGAACAUCAAGAAUGUUUAUGAUCACAGAUGAUUUGCAUAUCACACCCGUUUCCAUGUCAGAUAGCCUUGCAAUGUUUCAGAAACUCAGAUUGGAAAGCGGCAAUGGCAUUGAAGUAAGGACUGUAAUAGUCGAUGAAGAAGAGGUUUUGCAUCUACUCAAGCGUUCAUUACUAUCCAAGACUCCUAUGACAGAUACAUUCUUAUCGAAUGAAGAGAAUACAGAAAAUGCAGCACCUUUUGAACCACUAAGCAGGCCCAAUCACCUUGAAAAUAGGUUUAGGAAGAUGAAGGUAAAGCUCCUUAUCAACAAAUCCAGCAGGAGGGUUUUAUGCCUAGAAGCUAAAGAAGACUUUAUGAACCUGGUGCUUAGCUUUCUUACAUUGCCUCUUGGUUCUAUAAUAAGACUGUUAAGGGGACAUUCUUCCCUGGGGAGUGUAGACAACUUGUAUAAAAGUGUGGGAAGCUUGAAGAUGGAGGAUUUUUUCAAUUCUACCAAAAGUAAGGAUUUGCUUCUUAAUCCUAAACUUCCACUGCAUUUCAGUUUGAAUGAACAGCUACCACUCAAAGAGGGGGACCCAAUAACCCCUGAAAGUCGUAGAUGUGCUGAUUGCUUCGGGAAAAAUAUGGUUUGCUUAUAUCCAUGGGGUGAAAAGCUUUGCUUUAUGAACCCUAAACUUUCUGGUCAGGAAGCACGUGAAGGAGGAUUCAUUAAGAAGGAAACAUUACUACUGAUUAAUGAUGACCUAACAAUUCAACCUUUAUCUCCUAUCAAUGGCAUCCUUGACCUUGACAAACUUAAAGUCCUUGUAAGCAACUCAGAGGAGCAUGAGGUUGAAGUAGGGGAAGAGGAGGCUUUAACUCUUCUCAAGGCUUCUUUAAUCUCCAGGAGUGUUCUGAAUCAUGUGUUCAAACCAAAUGAUCUGGGACAAAUGCUUGGCUAG